CCGCCGCCUGAACCUCCUGGCGAAUCUAGUGUUCCGCCGACUCGGAAGAAAAAUCGGGCGGGGAUUUCUCCGCGAACUGCCAAGUUUUCGGGGGUAGUGGAAAACAGGCGUGGGGACAUGGACAGCCGCUUGCAGGAGAUCCGGGAGCGGCAGAAGCUACGGCGACAGCUCCUCGCGCAGCAGCUGGGAGCCGAAAAUGCUGACAGCAUUGGUGCUGUGUUAAAUAGCAAAGAUGAGCAGAGAGAAAUUGCUGAAACAAGAGAAACUUGCAGGGCUUCUUAUGAUACCUCUGCUCCCAAUGCAAAACGGAAGUAUCAAGAUGAAGGGGAGACAGAUGAAGACAAAAUGGAAGAAUAUAAGGAUGAACUUGAAAUGCAACAGGAGGAAGAAAAUUUGCCAUAUGAAGAAGAAAUCUACAAAGAUUCUAGUACUUUUCUGAAGGGAACACAGAGUUUAAAUCCCCAUAAUGAUUACUGCCAACAUUUUGUAGAUACUGGACAUAGACCUCAAAAUUUCAUCAGGGAUGUAGGUUUGGCUGACAGAUUUGAAGAAUACCCUAAACUGAGGGAACUCAUCAGGCUAAAGGAUGAGUUAAUAGCUAAAUCUAACACUCCUCCUAUGUACUUACAAGCAGAUAUAGAAGCCUUUGACAUCAGAGAACUAACACCCAAAUUUGAUGUGAUUCUUCUGGAACCCCCGUUAGAAGAAUAUUACAGAGAGACUGGCAUCACCGCUAAUGAAAAAUGCUGGACUUGGGAUGAUAUCAUGAAGUUAGAAAUCGAUGAGAUUGCUGCACCUCGAUCUUUUAUUUUUCUUUGGUGUGGUUCUGGGGAAGGACUGGACCUCGGAAGAGUGUGUUUACGCAAGUGGGGUUACAGAAGAUGUGAAGAUAUUUGUUGGAUAAAAACCAAUAAAAACAAUCCUGGAAAGACUAAGACUUUAGAUCCAAAGGCUGUCUUCCAGAGAACAAAGGAGCACUGCCUAAUGGGCAUCAAGGGCACUGUUAAACGCAGCACAGACGGAGACUUCAUUCAUGCCAACGUGGACAUUGACUUGAUUAUCACAGAAGAACCUGAAAUCGGCAAUAUAGAAAAGCCUGUUGAAAUUUUUCAUAUCAUUGAACAUUUCUGUCUUGGUAGAAGACGCCUUCAUCUGUUUGGAAGAGAUAGUACAAUUCGACCAGGCUGGCUCACAGUUGGCCCAACUCUUACCAAUAGCAACUACAAUGCAGAAACAUACGCAUCCUACUUCAGCGCCCCUAAUUCCUACUUGACUGGGUGUACAGAAGAAAUUGAGAGACUUCGACCAAAAUCACCUCCUCCCAAAUCUAAAUCUGAUCGCGGAGGUGGAGCUCCCAGGGGUGGAGGAAGAGGAGGAACUUCGGCUGGCCGUGGCCGAGAAAGAAAUCGAUCAAACUUCCGGGGGGAAAGAGGUGGCUUUAGAGGGGGCCGCGGAGGAGCACACAGAGGUGGCUUCCCACCCCGGUGAUUUUGUCAGACAGUGGUUCUCUUACUGCCCUGCUGCUUCCUGUAGUAUGAAUUUCAGUUGGGAGACAGUUAGUUUAGAAUUCCAGCUGGCACUUUGCUUUUUACUUUCUCAAGGCUGCAGGAGUAUCGGAACCAACCUCCCAGGCAGUUGUCACACACACUGACCAGUUUAGUCCAAGAUGAAGAAGUCACCCUACCUUAGACAUGUGCAUGUAACCGACCAGGAUGCAACACCAUGGAUACCUUCACUUUUAGAGCCUGAAUUUGUUCAGACAGAUUCCAAGUAAUUAAAAAGGUUUUUGCCUUUUAGCACAAGUAGAAAUGAGCAGUGAAAAACUCAAUCUGUAGCAUCUCACUAGUACUUACGGCCAUGGAUAAUGGGUUCCUGCCACUGCUGUCACAGCAAACAGGAAACUGGGAGUCUGGGUAGAAUGAACUUAGGACAGAUGGUAAGUUCUGCCAGAGUUUUAACAGUCCCUUAAUGAAAUAGUAAAAAGACUUCUUUUCCUUCCUUUUAAAAAAAAUUUGUAAAGUCAGAUAUAAUUUGACUACAGAAGAAAGUGAGAGGCUUUGAACAGUCAGUCAGCUCUACCCAAAUCUAAAUCUGAGAGGGGAGCUGGAGCUCAGAGGUGGAGGAAGAGCCCUUAGGAAGAGAAAGUACAUCAUCGUCUUCAUGGCAUACCUGUAGGUGACUCUUAAAUCAUGCUUCCUAAGAAGCAAAAGAGGACACAUGUACAUGUGGUAGCACUUUGGUGUAGACUUGAAUUUGGAUUCACCCGCAUAGCAACUUUAUAUUCCUUAGCAAAAUAAGAGAAGACACCAGCAGAGACACCUACUUACCAGGUGUGUGGCUUCAGCAUUUCGGGGAAUAAAGUACUGUUGAUGAGGAAAAGGAAACACCUUUAAACUUGUCAAGGAAAAAAGUUCAAGGUAAAAGCAGUUAUGGAAAACCCUCAGCAAGACAGCUGGGAAGGAGAACUGCGGUCACCUCUUGCCGAAGUCCGUGAUUUAAGGAACUGGCUUUUCAGCUCGGUUAGUUGUAUGAGUCUUUAUGCUGUCAUUUCUCUUUCUAUAUUAUAUCUCAUGUAUUAAUUGAAAAUACGUUGAAUGAUACACCUCACUGCUCUUGAUAAAUAUAUAUAUUUUUUAUUUUGGGUAUAAUUUUUCUACUGAAACUUUUUAACCGGUGGAAUUUGAAAGUAUGUCUUCUGAAAGUGGAGCUGGUAUUGCUACCAAAUGGAAGAGGCUGAGCUCAGGUCAGAUUCUUGGUUUCGCCUGGGAUGCGCCUCAGUGGUUAUUUUGUGCUUUUUCACUGGCUCAUUAUUAAUGCAUAAAAUGAGACUAUGUUAUACCCACUAAGGACUGAGUUACAGAGUUGAGAUUCCCUACAAACCUGAUGAUUUAACUUGCUGAAGCUGUUAGUAUUGUCCUAGUAUAGAUGGCAUUUGACUAUGACAAGUCUGACGUAGCCAUCCUGUAACAUAUGCAUCUGACCACCCCAGAGCAUCAUGUGGGUGUCAGGACACAUGACCAUCGUAGACCACCAUGAUAGACAUGUGAUUACCACAUGUUGUGUAUGACAUGAAUUCUGUGUUACACCCAUCGUGUGUUGUGUGAUGUGAUAUGCCGUUUGUGGUGCAGGUACAUGUUGUUUGUGGUGUGUCACAUUGUGCAUGUCAUUUGUGACAUAGUGCUUCCUUCAGUGACGACGGCCACAAAGUGUCAUGUUGUUCAAGGCGAGCACGUCAUUUAUGAUGUAUGUCAUUCAUAGGCAUCAUCUGUGGUGUGUGGCGGCGUGUGUCAUGACCUGUAUGUGUGUGUUUCAAUUGUGGUAUGUGUUGAAGUUGGGUCUGGUCUCCCAGGGUCCAAGUUGUAGAGGAUCAACACUGGGCACAGGGGCUGUUCUGAUACUACCAUGGAUAGAAGUCACCUGUGAGUCUGAAAGUCAUAAACAUGCAACCUAAGCUGCAUCUCUCCAUCUUCUGAAGCCCUGUGUUAGGCCACAGUUUCAUUUUCAGCUAAGGGAGCUGUUUCAGCGACAUGCCUGGGAGUUAGUAUGCUCGCCUUGGCUGAGAUUCUUGGGGCUUUUAUUCAGAAUGAUGAUUCCUUUUCAUGUCUUCUAAAAUACCUUCUUAAUGGCUAAAUUACAUUUUGAUUAGUUACAGCAGCUAAUUUUAAAACCUGUACUGUUUUAUCCUGAAUUUAAGACCAUAGAAUUUAGCCUUUGAAGUAGAGUUCCAGAUUUUACUCAUUUGUUUAAUAUAAUCUUUAUUAAUUUGACAAAAUGAUGGCCCAGUGGGGCUCAUUCUGAAUCGCAGUCUUUGAUCUAAAAGUGUCUCAUAUUUUUGUGAGCUAUUAAAAACAUAAGCCUUUACAUAAAAGCCUUUUAUUAGAACAGUCCUAUAAUCUUGGGGUCCAUGUGAGACUUUUUUUUUUACAUUAUUCUCUUUGAUGAUUGUUUAGUGGUAGGGAGAGAACUUUAGUUUGGGUCUCAAAAAUGUAUGUAGUUGGCUUUCAAGUUGUAAAUUUUAGGACUUCUGAGGAGGUUAGAACAUUUAUUCAGCCAACUGAGCCCACAGAAUAUUCCAUUUCUGGAAAAGCCCUAUUGCUUCUCUCAAGCUUUCCAUUAUUUAGUCAGAUAUAAAUAUGGCUACAGUGCAGAGCAAACAUCCUAGUUUAGUCGACUGUUAUUUUUCUCCAGUAUUAGAUAAAAGAUUAAAAUGACCAGUAUGAGAAUUUUUUUAACAGUACUUACCUCUGUAAUUGGAGCAGCUAAGAAAGCCAGGAUAAGCUAGAUUUUGCCAAAAGUACUUCUUGAGUAUCUAGAAGUCAAGACUGUAAAAGGCAUGUGGGAACCGUGCAUGUAACCCAAAUUGUGGAAGCAAACCAUGAGCGUUUUUUAUAGUGGAAUAACUGUCUGUCUGACCAACUUUGCGUAUAAACAUGGUAAUUCAUUUCCUUCCUCCCAUCUGUGCUGUUUCCCCACUUUGAUGGAUUUUUCUCAGUUCUGCUCUAGAAGAGAUGAGGAGGACAAAACACCUUAAUAAACAGCCAUUCUAUUCUGUUAGGUUGGUUCAAAUUCUAUUAG